AUGUACGGACAACAACCAAUUAUAGUACUGAGCCAAAACACAAAACGUGACUCCGGCCGGAAAGUUCAACUCGAAAAUAUAAAUGCUGGGAAGACAAUAGCGGACGUUAUAAGAACAUGCCUUGGUCCCCAAGCAAUGUUGAAAAUGUUGAUGGACCCCAUGGGAGGGAUUGUAAUGACUAACGACGGCAAUGCUAUCCUCAGAGAAAUCACUGUGCAACACCCAGCUGCUAAAACCAUGAUAGAAAUUGCGAGAACCCAAGAUGAAGAGGUUGGUGAUGGAACAACAUCAGUCAUUGUACUAGCUGGAGAAAUCUUAGGUGUGGCAGAACAAUUCCUCGCACAAAAUAUUCACCCUACUGUCAUUAUUAGGGAAUAUAGACAAGCCCUUGAAGAUGCAGUUAAAUUGCUGCAGGAGAAAAUAUCGGUUCCUGUAGAUUUGAAUGAUAAGGAUAAGAUCAAGGAAGUGAUACGAUCAUGUGUGGGAACCAAGUACAUUGGUCGCUGGGCUGAUCUUGCAGUUGAUAUAGCCCUUGACGCUGUCAAUACUGUCACUAUCAAUGACAAUGGAAGAGUAGAGGUUGAUAUUAAAAACUAUGCUAAGGUUGAAAAGAUUCCUGGUGGGACAGUUGAAGAGUCAAAGGUAUUAAAUGGUAUCAUGAUCAAUAAGGAUGUGACACAUCCCAAAAUGAAAAGAUUGAUUGAAAACCCUAGAAUUAUUUUAUUGGACUGUCCAUUGGAGUACAAGAAGGGAGAAAGUCAGACCAAUAUUGAGAUUGCUGAUGAACAGGACUUCACCAAACUCCUGCAACUGGAAGAGGAGCAUGUGCAACGUCAAUGUGCUGACAUCAUUGCUCUCAAACCAGAUGUUGUCUUCACCGAGAAGGGAGUCUCAGAUCUUGCUCAGCACUAUCUUGUUAAAGCUGGCAUCACUGCUAUUCGCAGACUACGCAAAACAGACAAUAACCGUUUAGCCCGUGCGUGUGGCGCCACAAUCGUUAACCGUACUGAAGAGCUCAAGGAGAGUGACGUUGGUACUCAGGCUGGAAGAUUUGAGGUCAAGAAGAUUGGUGAUGAGUACUUCACCUUUAUCACCGAAUGUAAGAAUCCUAAGGCGUGCACCAUCCUUCUACGUGGAGCCUCUAAAGAUGUGUUGAACGAGAUUGAGAGAAAUCUGCAAGAUGCUUUACACGUUGCAAAGAAUUUGGUUCUGUGUCCGCGUCUGGUGGCGGGCGGUGGUGCAGUGGAGAUGGCAGUAUCUCAGGCUUUGUCUGCUAACUCCUCACACAACACACCCUACAGGGCUAUUGCUACUGCACUUGAAAUAAUCCCGCGUACGCUCGCCCAAAACUGUGGUGCAAACACAAUUCGUACGUUGACUGCGUUACGUGCACGUCACGCGGCGGGCGCCACUGUUGCCAGCACUGCGGGCAUCGACGGGGAGACGGGAGAGAUCGUGGACAUGGCUGCUAAGGGAAUUUGGGAACCGCUGGCUGUUAAGUUGCAGGUCUACAAAACGGCUGUGGAGACAGCGAUAAUGUUGUUGAGGAUUGAUGACAUUGUAUCCGGUUCGAAGAGGAAGGAUGGAAAAGAACCCGCUGCGCCGGCGCAGAUGGCCCAACAAGAAUAA